AUGACGCUUUUUCGAUUUUGUAAUUGUACAUUGAUACGUAAUCAUGCCUUAGUAGUUGAUGAUCUUUGGAUUCGUCAUGGAAAAAUUAUUGAUCCUGAAAAAGUGUUUUUCGAUGAAAGAAUUCAAGCUGAUGUGGAAUACGAUUGUCGCGGAGUGCUAGUCGCGCCCGGUUACAUCGAUUUACAAAUUAACGGAGCGUUUGGUCAUGACUUUUCUUCUCCCGAUGAAGCAAGUGAAGAAAUGCUUUUACUCGUUGCACAAAAGUUAACCGCACAUGGCGUUACUGCAUUUGUACCAACUGUAGUCAGUUCCAAACCAGAAACAUACAAGGCGGUAUUACCGAAGUAUAAGCGUCGAGCUGGUUCAGCCAAAGAUGGUGCAACUAUUCUCGGUACUCAUAUUGAAGGCCCGUUUAUCGAUGAGAAGAAACGUGGCGCUCAUCGAACUGAUUUUCUUCGAAAAGCUCCAAAUGGAAUAGAAGAUUUGCUUUCAUGUUACGGCUCAUUUAAUGAUGUUUCCAUCAUAACUAUUGCGCCCGAAAUUCCGAAUAUGAUCGAAACUGUCAUACCAGAAUUAGUACAAAAGUAUAACAUCGUGGUUUCCGUGGGCCACUCGAUAGCUUCAUUAGAUAUCGGUGAACGUGCUGUUUGUGCUGGUGCUAGAUUCAUCACUCAUUUAUUCAAUGCAAUGCUACCAUUUCAUCAUCGUGAUCCAGGUCUUGUUGGUCUUCUAACAAGUCAUCGUUUACCCACAACAUCAAUUGUUCAUUAUGGUUUAAUCGCUGACGGUAUUCAUACGCACUCAGCUGCCGUACGCCUUGCACAUCGGGUACAUCCUCAAGGUCUUGUUCUGGUAACUGAUGCUGUACCAGCAUUAGGGCUUCCGGAUGGGACGUAUCAUAUGGGUGCUGAAAAAAUUCUUGUGGAAAACAAGCGUGCAACCAUUGCCGGUACGCAAACUUUAUGUGGCAGUAUUGCAUCAUUAGCCGAAUGUGUUCAAAAUAUGCGACAAGCUUUACUUGAUGGAGAAAUAAGUAAGCAUGGUGAAGUAAAGAUAGACAAACAAUUCAUUGUCGAAUGUAUUGACGCCGCAACUCUCCAUCCAGCGUCAGUUCUUCAUAUCGAAAAUCAAAAAGGAACAUUAUCAUUCGGUGCAGAUGCUGAUUUCAUUUUUCUUGACGAUAAACUGAAUGUAUUAUCGACAUUCAUCGCUGGUGAACAAGCAUGGACAGUCAAUGAUAACUGGUCAAUAAACAAUUUACAUCAUGUCACUUGGGCCAAAAUUACCGUUGUCGGCCAUAUUGAUCCGAAAACAGGCAUGGUGAUGAACAUCAGUGAUUUGAAAGUUUUGAUUCAAACUCAUGUGUUAGAUCUAGUUGAUCAUAAACAUCUUGAUUUAGAUAUGGAUUAUUUUCGAACGAAAAAUCUAGUCAGUACAACCGAAAAUUUAGCUGUUUUCAUUUGGGAACAGUUAGUUUUACAGAUUGAACGUGCUAGUCAGAAUACUCAUAUAGGCAUGUCUCAUAUUGUUUCAUUGCGUAGUGCAUCAUUACGAGCACUACGCUCGAGUUCAACAGCAAGUUCAGCUGUUCUUGCAGCAACAAAAUGUACAACCUAUUCGCAGCGAUCAAUUGGACAACAGCAACAAUAUUCAUAUUCGACUUUACCUUCGACUUCAACUGGAAUUUUAACACGUGAAAGACAGCGGACACUCUCGGAGCAAACACUUGUUAUUGACUCAUCCAAUGCUGGUCUCUAUGCAUUGACUCGGCAUCUUCAUACGAGUCCUAUUCUUUUUGACUCAGUCAGUGUUUCGACACCAUCGUUUCCUGAAUCAGUUAAAGAUGGAACAAUACGUCUUCUAAAAAAGGUUGGCGACAAAGUCUCAGCUGAUGAAACAAUCGCAGAAAUUGAAACCGAUAAGACAAAUCUAAGUGUCAAUGCACCGCAAGGAGGUGUCAUCGAAUCGUUCUCCGUUGCUGAUGGAGACAAUGUCACGUCUGGAGCAGUUAUUGGAAAAAUUGAUACAAGUGGCAGUGGUACUAAGCCAACUUCAGCUACAGCAGACGCAAAAGCUAAGGCAGCUGAGAAGGCUGAUACUGAAAAAACUAAAGAAGAACCAGCAAAAAAAUCAUCGGACACCAGUGGACCGGCUCCCAGUAAAACACCUUCGGUGCCAGCAACACCAAAGGGACCCCAACGAGAAACCCCUACAUCACAAAUCUCAGUGACACCAGCUAAGCAACAAGCCGCCGGUGCGGGUAGCAGUGUUGGUGAUCCAAAUAAAAUAUCUGGUACACGAUCAGAAACACGUGUUAAAAUGUCACGAAUGCGACUGAAAAUAGCUGAACGUCUUAAAGAAGCACAAAACACUUGUGCUAUGUUAACAACUUUUAAUGAAAUUGAUAUGAGCAAUAUUGUCGAAUUUCGUAAAAAAUAUGCUGAUCAAUUUCUUAAACGUCAUAACAUGAAAUUAGGAUUUAUGUCUGCAUUUGUUAAAGCAUCUGCCUGCGCACUUGUUGACAAUCCGAUCGUCAAUGCCGUCAUUGAUGGAAAUGAAAUUGUCUAUCGAGAUUAUGUCGAUAUCAGUGUAGCCGUUGCAGCGCCUAAAGGUUUGGUCGUACCUGUUCUUCGCAAUGUUGAGCGAAUGAAUUUUGCUGAUAUAGAAAGAUCAAUUAGUGACUUUGGUGAAAAGGCUAAGAAAGGUUCUCUCGCAAUCGAAGAUAUGGACGGUGGUACGUUCACAAUUAGUAAUGGAGGAGUAUUUGGCUCAUUAUUCGGUACACCGAUUAUAAAUCCUCCUCAAUCAGCAAUUCUUGGUAUGCAUGGAAUUUUUGAUCGACCGGUAGCGAUUAAUGGCAAGAUCGAAAUACGUCCAAUGAUGUAUGUCGCUCUUACAUAUGAUCAUCGUAUCUUAGAUGGUCGUGAUGCUGUACUAUUCCUUCGAAAAAUUAAACAAUACGUCGAAGAUUCACGUUCAAUCUUUCUCGACUUAUAA